AUGAGAUCGCUGCCACUCUCCGAUGACUGCUUGCCGCCAUGCAGGGUGUUGCUGGAGGUGACGAUUGAAUACUUGUCAGGAUUUAAUUUGAUGACAAUUGUGCAGUCUUUUGUUAAGCAGGGAAGGAGAGUAACACAACGCUUUACUUUACAGCUGACCAUAUCGUUUGCCUCCCACGGGCGGCUGUUUCGUCUGCGGCUGAGGCACGACACCACCACCAUCAGCCCCAGCGUGCAGGUCGAGGUGCCACCCAGCUUGGACAGGCUGGACUUCAAGCACCUUUAUGAGGGCACUUUGGAAGGUGACCCCGGUUCCCGUGUGUGGGGUAGUGUGCGGGAAGGGGUGUUUGAGGGGGUGGUGCACAGUGAGCGCGAUGGCACCUACUACGUGGAGCGCGCACGCAAGUACUUCCCCAGCCACAAUGCCACACUCAAAGGCUUCCACUCGGUCAUCUAUCACGACCAGCACGUGGGGGACCCUUACCGGCGGCUGCGGCAGGGACACUCCUCUGGCUGUGGCGUGACGGAGGACGUGGCCGCCUGGAUGGAUGCCGUGCAGAAUUCGGCUGACCCUGAGGAGGAGCGGAGAGAGGAGGAGCGGAGGGAGAGGCAGGCAAAGUGGAGCAGCACAAGCAACCAGCACAAGUACAAAAAGUGGCUUGAGGAACAUGAGGAGUACAGGAUGAUGCAGGAGGAGGAUGAGGAGGAUCUGGAGGAGCCAGGCCUGUAUGAUAUGCCCCUGGAGGACUACCAUCCCCACGGCCAGGGUCACAAGUACAGUGAGGAGGCCAACAGUGCCUGGCCACACCGCCGACGCAAAAGGGCCAUUGGUAUCGGUGUGGGGGAAGACAACAAAGGCACAUGUUCUCUCUCCAUCCAGACCGACCCUAUGCUGUGGCACCAUAUUUAUUUACAGGAGGAUGAGAAUGCAGAGAAGACCCGAGACGAGAUCACGGCUAUGAUUUCACAGCACAUCAAGGCUCUCAACCACAUCUAUGCUAAUGUCAACUUCAUCGGAAAGUACAAACACAGGAACAUUAGAUUUGAAGUCCAAAGAAUCAAGAUUGAUGACGACACUCCCUGCAAAUCGUCUCAGGGUGAAGGCAACAAGUUCUGCAAACCCAAUGUUGACGUCAGUAACUUCCUCAACUUACACUCGCAGAAGAAGCACGACGACUUCUGCCUCGCUUAUGUCUUCACCUUUAGGGACUUCACCGGUGGCACGCUGGGUCUGGCCUGGGUGGCGUCUCCCUCAGGGGCGUCUGGCGGGAUCUGUGAGAAGUACAAGACCUACACGGAGAAUCUUGGAGGCUUCCGGCACUCUGAGAAACGCUCCCUCAACACCGGCAUCAUCACCUUCCUUAACUACAACUCCAGGGUGCCUCCGAAGGUCUCACAGCUCACCCUGGCACACGAGAUUGGCCACAACUUUGGCUCUCCUCACGACUUCCCUGACUCCUGCAAGCCGGGCGGUCUGCAGGGGAACUACAUCAUGUUCUCCUCAGCCACUAGCGGAGAUCGGCUCAACAACGACAAGUUCUCCCCGUGUUCUAUGCGUAACAUCUCGCUGGUGCUCGACGCAAUCUCUGAGAAGCGGCGAACAAAUUGCUUCACGGAGAAUAAUGGUGCGUUCUGCGGCAACAAGAUCGUGGAGGAAGGCGAGGAGUGUGACUGUGGCUACGACAUUCAGGAGUGCCAGGAAAAGUGUUGCUACCCUCUCAAAAUCCCCGACACCUUGCGGCACGCCAACUCCUCCGCCAAGGCAUGCAUGAGGCGCAAGAAUGCCGUAUGCAGUCCCAGUGAGGGGCCCUGCUGCAACCGGAACACUUGUACAUUUGUGAGCAAGGAGGCCCAGCAGGUGUGUCACAUGUAUACCGAGUGUGAGGAGUCGGCGUUCUGCGAGGGCAACAACGCCAGCUGCCCCGAACCAGUGCACAAGGAGGACAACAGAGUGUGUAAUGAAGGGACCAAGGUGUGUAUGAAUGGGAAGUGCAGUGGCUCCAUCUGUCUGGCCAAGGGCAUGAAGGAGUGUUUCCUGACAUCAGACAUAGUGCACGACAAGAAGAAGCUGUGUGAGAUCGCCUGUCAGGUGGGAAAUGACAGCUCCACCUGUAAGUCCACCUCGGAGCUCAAAGACAUCUUUGGCGGCUCUCCUGUGUUUAUGCUGCCCGGUGCUCCGUGUAACAACUUCCAGGGCUACUGUGAUGUCUUCCAAAAGUGCCGGGCUGUAGAUGCUGAGGGUCCAUUGGCACGCCUCAAAAACCUGCUGUUUAACCAGGACACCCUCAACAGUGUGGCUGAGUGGAUCACACAAUAUUGGUAUGGGGUGAUGCUGCUUGGUGUGGGCUUUGUGGUGUUCAUGGGCGUGUUCAUCAAGUGCUGCGCUGUCCACACUCCCUCCAGCAACCCACGCAAGCCACCAGCACGCUCCAUCACCGAGACUCUGCGCAGGCCGGUCAACACACUGAGAAGAGUAAAGAGACACAGACAGGGCCCAGGUCCCGGCGGUCAGGGUGGUGGUGGUGGGGCGGGGCCGAGCCACCAUCACCACCACCACCACCAUCACCACCACAACCCACAGCCACAGCAGCCGGGGCCCUCCAGGCAGAGCAGGGGCGGGGAACGGGAACCAGACCGCUCUAAAGCAAACAAGCGGGGCAGUCGGGCAUACAGCGACGACCCACCCCCGCCCUACCCAGGCAACCCCAGGCACUCCGUCAGCCCCGCUAACCCUGGAGCGGCGGCCCUCCCAGCGGGGCGCCCCACGGGUCCCACCAGACAUGGGUAUGGAGAGGGGCGGGGUCACUACAACAGGCCAAAAGCCAGUGCCCCACCUCUGGAGUUGAUUUGUGAUAGUAAUGUUGUAAGUGGCCAUCCUGUGGGGCGCACUCGACUGCCACUCACCAAACGCAACCACUAACCAGCCAACCCGCCUCCCUGCCCACCCUGCCGCCAGCCGGGGCCACCAGCCGGCCUGCCAGCACUCCACACUGUCCUCCCCGUACAAUCCUGGAGCAAUCAAAGACGCUGCAGGCCACACCAGCCGCCACUGGGACACCGGCAGGUCGCAGGAAGGCAUGGCUGCCCUGACUUGACUCGACUCUUGACACUGGAACGAAGCGGAAUGAAGUCGGCAGUCAGUCAGUCAGAUUCCGAACAAAAUGGAACAGAGAAUUUUAAUAGGCGGACAUUGUUUUGAUCCUGACCGUCAGCGGUGGAAGGAGGAGCCAUGAGUGUGUCAGGCCUUAGUGAGAAGUUAUUAAUGGUUAAGAGUCUAUGUUGAAAUGUUGAGUGGAGGAAUGUUACUGUGACGAGGCCUCUACAGAAGGGCAGUGCAGUGAGUGAACUUUUGUUGUCUAGUGUCGAUGGUGAGCUGCAGGCGAGGUCUGCUUUAAGGAGUGGCGCCAGAUACACGCCUCCCUGCGACCAGAAACCAUGCAAGAAUAAGGUGCUUCUAAACCUUUAUUUUUUGUUUGUAUUUGUAAUGGAAACCAUGGGACAAAAGGAGCACAAAAGCCUCCAGUGAAUGCAAGCCACAGCACCAGUUCGUGAAGGCAAAGCGUGUGCAGCACAGUUGGCCCAAGACAGCCCCUGGACCACACACUCCCCUCCCUACCACCCCUUGUAGCAAACACAUUGUACAGCUUCCCGAACCGGCAGCGUCCGGAGGGUGACGGUGACCGGGGGAUGGCCCAGACACCCGCCAGUUUAUAUCCGUUACAGCCACCAUUUAAUUUGAACCUUUUUUUAGGAGCUGUUCACAGUCAAGUUCAAUUUUUUACUACAUAAUUCCCUCUAGACAACCGCAUUUACCGCAGAUGGCUUUAGCAUAAGAUUUUGAUGUGUGCGUGUUCUUGGCGGAGGUCAGCACGUGUGGGGGAACGCAGGCACGUGUCAGGCGGCCAAGACACGGUUUGUGAAGUGGUGACAAAUCUAACCUUGUGACCUGUGGAGUGUGUGGCAGUGGUAUGCUACUCCUUGCACAGCUACUACUGGUGUGCCUGUGUGUGUGUGUGUGUGUGUGUGUGUGUGUGUGUGUGUGUGUGUGUGUGUGUGUGUGUGUGUGUGUGUCUGUCUGUCUGUCUGUCUGUCUGUCUGUCUGUGUGCACCUGUGUGUUCAUCAUUCAGUCAGUCAGGAUAAAUAGUACCAUUUUAUAUUCCCACACAGAUGGUUGUAUGGAACUAACAGCCAAGGCUUUUUAUCACUCAGGUUAGAGAUGACGUGUUUGUAUGAUUUCCCACCAAACCUUUACCUAACCCCAGCUUUGUCCCCUACCCCCUCACUAUUCCUCACUAUCCCCUUACCAUCCCUUAUUAAUCCCAGCCACCACCUUCACUGUCUUCCCCUAACACAUCUGCCCCAUCCCUGUCUCCUCCAAAGAAUGCAUCUACUCAUUUUUACAUCAAAGCACUAUCUACACUUCCUCCAUCUCUCCUUGUUUACCUCCAAUCAACACAUCAUAUCCAGGUACCACUUCUCAUUCCUCUAAGGUAAACUUCUCCCUGUCCUUCCUUAUCUUUACCUUCUGCAGUUAUUACCUCUCAGUCUUUAUCUCCCCUUAACCAUGUCUACCUACUCCACUCUAUCUCCCUUAUCAUGUCUACCUACUCCACUCUUUUCUUCAUAUUCCAUCAAGCCAUCUUAUCUCCCUAUCUGCAACCAGUACUCUUAAUCUAAUAUGUCUGUCUAUCCUUACCUACCCUUAAAGCACUCAUAUACUCAACACAUCCUAUUCUCUUACAUUCCAUCGACCCAUCAAUCUUGUCUCCCUAUUUGCAACCAUUACCUUCAAUCCAAUGUGUCUCCCCAUCCUUACUUCCCUGUACCAUUAUGUCUACUUGCUCCCAUUGUACUCAUGUACUAGUCAACACACCCUUUCCUUCACAUCAUCAACCCAUCAAAUUUUCCUCACAUCUCGUCAACCAUCCAUCUCAUCUCCCUAUCUGCAACUAGUACUCUCAAUCUAAUGUAUCUACUCAUCCUUACUUCCCCAUUAUGUCUACCUACCCUUAAUGGACUCAUACCCUCAACCCUUUCCUUCACAUCCCAUCAAUCCAUCACCCAAACGACUAUACAAAAGACAAGUGAACAUAGUGAAUACAUCCAUCACUAAUUCAAGGACAGACUGAGGCUCAUUAACUGGCCUGUCCUUGUGUCAUCCUGAGAGAACCUUGAGAUUAAUAUUUCUACAUGAUAGCUACUGUCACAUACCACUACCACCACCACCACCACCACUUCUGCAGUCACGCCUACCAAAGCUCCCCCUCCCUGUUUCCCCCAAGGCAGCCGUCACUAGCCAUCUUUUGUGGUGAAGAAUUUACAACCACUGGUGAGCGCAGAUGUGGGCCUCAGUUUUUUUGUGGGUGAGUGAGUAUAUGUGUGUAUGUGUGUGUGUGCGUGUGUGAGAGUGUAGUUGGUGUCAAAAUUAAGGUGACAUACUCUUUUCUACAGUGUCCAGUAUCUCAUUCAGUCUGAUUUGCUUAUAAUCUUACAAAACUUCACAAUUCAUAGAUUUUUUUGGCUGAUCUGAUAACAUGGAAUUAAAAAAAAACACUACAAACAUUGCUAGUGCGUUUGAGGUUACUCGACUUUUGACUCUGACUAUAUAUAUGUGUGUGUGUGUGCAUGUAGUGUGAGAGGGCAACAAAGACCACAAAAGACAUACCUAAGCCUUGCCGUGCUCCACCAGUGCCAGAAAGGAAGCAUCCUGGCCUCUACACACUGAGGUAGACAGUGGCAGGGAGCUUCCUGGACGCCGGGGCCCUGCGCUCACCAGCCAGCCAGCCACCUGAAGUGUGUUGAAAGUGUACAUGUGUAAGACAAAUGGAAGCAACAUUUUUUUACAAUAUUCCACUAACUUGUGUUGUUAAGAAGCGAUGCACUCAUGUUACCGUGGCCCUGUGUCAUGCAUUACUCUGUGGGCCGCCCUCGUCCUUCUCCCCCGUCCUCCUCCUCUUCCCUCGUCACCGUUGCCACUAUCCUCUACAUCAGUGGUGACGACGCCAUCGCUUCUUGUCUGUUUCUUUGAGAUUCUCCAAACUCGUAAGGCAUUCCAAAGAUGACCCAACUCUGUAGCGUGUUUGCCGUUCCUCCCAUUUAGUGUUUUAUUUAUAUUCCACCAGCAUUUAGUUCCUCUGUAUCUAGAAUGUACCUAUUACUAAUGUAUGUUCUUGUACUUUUUUAUAUUUUUUACUUGUACAUUUGUUUUGAUUCCUCUGUAACUGAUUAUAGGCAAGUCUGUGAAUGUUAGGAGCCUCAGACUGCCUGGCCCGGUGCCCCCCCCUCAGCCAUAUCACACCCUGGGGCGCUGAACACUUGGCUUGGGUCACAGUCGGGGCUCUUAAGGUUCCUGAGUGUCCUGCCAGUCCUCCCUACUCUGACUGCUUCUUGUUGUGUGGCCAGCAGGGGGAGUGAUUUCAAUAACGUUUCCUCAAUUGAGUGAAGAGGUUUGUUAUGUCUUGUCUCGUUUUGUCCUGUUUUGUUUUUAUUAUUUUUUUUUCGUCUUGUUCCUUCACUCUUUUCAUUGUGUGGGGCUUGUGAAUGAAUCUCUUAUAUAACUUGAUUAAUUUUAUACAAUAACUUGAUUCAUUUUAUACAUUCUUAUCUCAUCUUUCUCAUCCUCCUUGGUCUCCUCCUCCUCCUCUGUAUCCUUAUCCUUAUCCUUAUCCUCUUCCUCCAUUUCUUGUGUAACUUGAUUCAUUUUAUACAUUCUGAUCUCAUUAUCAUCAUCCUCCUUGGUCUCCUCUUCCUCUUCCUCCUCCAGAACACCCAAGUGGCCUUUACAAGCAAAAUUCAUGAAACGGUACCACAGGCCAGUUGUCCAUGUGUGUAGUGAAAAAAAAAAUGGUCAAAUGCCUUUCUUUUUUCCAUGCCUUUUUACUAUGCCUUUUUUCAGCCUUUUUAGCCUUUGUGUGGCUUAAGACUUUACCGAAGGCUAUUCUAAUAAGACUUAUCAAUUUGUGGUGUAUUUUCUUAGUUUUUUUUCUUGUUUUAAUUCUUUUAUACUCAUCCAAGACUAUUUUUUAGCCUUUUUUGAUGGAAAUGUGUUUUUUUUUUAUGCUCAGUGCUUUAUCAUUUGUACCGUUUUAAUUUUUGAAAAGUUUGAAAAUAAAUAACUUCGUCACAUUUUUUUCUUUUAAUCUUGUCAUUCUUCACCUGUCCAAAUGAUUAUUACAUUCUUCACCUGUCAGUAAUUAAAUCUCAUCUCUUUUUUUCUAUUCCAUUUAUUUCAUUCUUCUGUCUAGACAAUUCUUACAGUCUUCACCUGUCAGUAACUAAAUCUCACAGCUCGUAUUUUCUAUUUUGAUGACAGGAAUUAUAUUUUUUGUUGUUCUGUAGCAGUGUGUUUGUCUUGACGGUAACUAAAUCAUGCCACUCUUCGGCCAUUUAUAUUUCAAAGACAGUCUACCUUGAAUCAUUCUUUCAUUCAUUAAGUUUCACCAUCACUCGUCUCAGUAACUAAAUCGCCAUCCUGUCUUAACGUUAACUAAAUCACGUCAUUCUUUGCCCUUUUAUAUUUCGAUGACAUUCCUUAUAUUUAGUCAUUCUUUUGUGGUUUAUUAAGUCUCACCACUAUUCAUCUUGGUGACUAAAUACUCUACCCACCUCAAUAAUAUUUACUCACCAUACAGUUCUGAUUACUCCAUGACUUAAUGCACCACAGAAUUUAUAGGGUAUUACAGGAGCCACAAACCUGUACUCACCCUCCCCUACCCUUAUACCCUGGAGGAGAACGCUCACCCCCAUCACUCAUCCCUCACCCUCUCCCGUCACCCAGCGCCUGCAGUGUAUGCUUGAUGCGCCGGCCAUGUAGUAGGUUAACACGUUUCCCUAUGAUAUGUAGUUUGAUCAUUGUUACAGUCAUUACACUCUUGGUAUGAACAUGAGUGUCAUCCUUUCUUUGAACUCAGUGUUUUAUGAUCACUCCAUAUGUUUAAUAAAUAAAUGAUGUGUGCUUUUUAA